GGAUGGCGUCAUUAGUGGACUGGCGGCUUUUAAUGGUCCGUGUAAUCGUUGUGCUGCUGCAAGGGGUGGUACGAGGCGGCGCUGACGAGAACGAAUACCGACUGACGCGGUACCUGAUGACUGAUUACGAUGCCUCGGUGCGACCUGUCGAGAACAGCUCCCUGCCGCUCAAAAUCACUUUUGGCAUCUCCCUCCAUCACAUCAUUGACGUCGACGAGAAAAACCAAAUCCUGACAACCAACUGCUGGCUGACGUACAUCUGGACGGACCACCACCUUAAGUGGAACGCGUCCGACUUUGCCGGAAUCAAGGUCGUCCGCAUCCCGUACAACCGCGUAUGGAAGCCGGACGUUAUCCUUUACAACAAUGCUGACUCCCAAUACAGCAACGCGGUCAUCAACACAAACGUGAUUGUGUCUAGCAACGGCGAGGUGGUUUGGCUCAGCCAUGGCAUCUAUCGCAGCUCUUGUGACAUCAACGUCGAGUACUUCCCUUUUGACAUCCAGAGCUGCCGCAUGAAAUGGGCUUCCUGGACCUACGACGGAUACCAGGUUGACUUGGUAAAGCAGACAGAGCACGGUGAUGUGAGCAACUAUCAGCCAAACGGCGAGUUUGACCUGGUCAGUUUCGAGGCCGACCGACACGUGGUGAUUUACUCAUGCUGUCCUGAGCCUUACCCCGACAUCACCUACACCAUCCGCAUCCGUCGGCGUCCGCUCUUCUACGUCUUCAACCUCAUUUUACCCUGCAUGCUCAUCAACUCAAUUGCGUUACUAGUGUUCUACGUGCCGUCCGAAAGUGGAGAGAAGGUAACGCUUGGCAUCUCGGCGCUACUCUCCAUGACCGUCUUCCUCAUGACCAUUCGCGAAAGCUUACCGCCUACGGAAAAAACUCCGCUUAUAAGCAUGUAUUACGGCGUGAGCAUCUGCCUGGUUUCUUUCGCAAGCGGCCUAAGUGUGGUCACCCUGAACGUGUACCAUCGAGGUGUUCGCGGCACCGGCGUGCCCAAGGUGGUCAAGCGUCUGGUGCUAGGGCCACUGGCGCGCCUCGUCCUGGUGCACUUCGACGUCUCGGAAACGCGAGACGUGCCACCUCACCAGCCGGUGCCGGGCCCAGCGCAGCGAUUCAAGCCCCACGACGCGCGAGCAGGGAGUCGCGUCGAUUCGUCGUCCAGGGCCGACAAGUGGACGCAGGACAACGACCACCGGCCGAGCGACUACUCGCCCGAGCGGUCGCCGCGCUUCGUGCCUCGCAGGCAGCGCCGGGACUCGAACCCAGACAGCUUGGAGGGUCAGUUCCUUCGCGCCCUGCACAAAAUCAACGCGGCCCUGGAGCGCAACGAGGGUCGCGUGCUGGAACGUGAGCGUCGCGAGGGCACGGCGCGUGAGUGGAAGCAGGUCGCGCUGGUGUGCGACCGCGUGCUGCUGUGGGCCUUCCUCUUCACCACGGCCGUCACCACCACAGCCAUCCUCUUCUCCAGCCCCCACGGACCCUGA